AAUGUUUUUUGAACGGUAAACUAGCUGGGGAAGGAACAGCUAGUUUAGUGACUAAAUCUAAAGCUGUAGAUUUAGUCACUACCGAACACCUGGGCAGCUAUGUUGACCUGGCAGGUGACCCAUUGUCUUUUAUCACAUGUACAUUGUUCGUGUUAUGCAUGACAAGGAGUGCUGCCUUUUUGUUUUUUUAAGAGACAGACAAAUGUAGUCAAGUUUCCUUGUACUGAAACCACUUGUCAUCUUAAAGUUGAGAUAAUUCCAACCAGCUGGGUGACAUCGCAUGCAUCGUGACACUAUCAGAUUUAGAGCCUUGUAAAGCAGACAGGCUAGGUAGUACCUCCAUUAGACAAGAAAGACGAGACGAGGACGUACUUUUUACGCUAAACCAUGAAACAGAAGCUGGAAAUUUUAGCCCUGGUCCUGGGCUUCUUUGGCCUAUUUGGGACAAUAGCUGUUACAGCUCUGCCUACCUGGAAGGUCUCUGCCUUCAUUGGGGCUAAUCUUAUAGUCAUGGAGGAACUGUGGGAAGGUCUGUGGAUGGCCUGCUACAGACAGAUUAACGUCAAGAUGCAGUGCAAGGUCUACGACUCAUUAUUGAUUCUCCCAGCCGAGCUGCAGGCGGCCAGAGGAUUCAUGUGUGUCUCCAUCGCCCUGGUUUUCAGUGCCUUGAUUGUCACAGCUUUUGGAAUCCAGAAGAGCAACUGUUGUGGUGACAACAUGAAGAACAAAAACAUCGUUCUGGCUGUCGGGGGAUGUUUGUAUCUGAUUUCCUUUCUGACCACACUCAUUCCUGUCAGCUGGGUGAGUGACUCGAUUAUCAGGCAGUUCUACAAUCCAACUGUGCUGGACGCUCAGAAACGAGAGAUGGGACAAGCCAUCUUCAUUGGCUGGGGAACUUCUGGUGUGUUACUGGCCACUGGAAUCAUCCUGCUCGUCAGACACAGCAAACGAAGAUCCAAAGAAGAAGACCUCUACCAUGAUGUAUACAUUAUGGAGGAAAAGAGUGCCAUCAAAGAGGACAGUAUAUAUCUCCCCCAGACAGGAUCCGGCUUGCAUAAAUUUCAAGAAUAUGUGUAAAUAAUUGUUAAUUUUUGUUUUCUGCUGAAUGUAUUUAUUUGCAUUUAAUAAUUACAACAUGUAACCUAAAAAAAACUUCAAAAUUAAGGGCUUUAUUGACUCAUAGGUGUGGCUACUUUACUACAAGCAGUACUGGUAACAAAUGUUCUUUACCAUUCCACCAAUUUUGUACAUAAAAAGUAUUAAUUUAUUAAGAGUAUUUUUUUUAUUUUACUUUAAUUUUUAACAAAUGUCCUGCAUGUUCUUAAUGUAUUUGUGCUUUAAUAAAAUAAUUUAUGUUAACUGCUCUUGAUGAAUUUGCUUUUCC